AUUGAACAAUUCUCCGGUGAUAUUCUAGUAGAUUUUCAUAAACAUAUGCGCAAUAUGUAUAUAGUGAAAACAAAAGUUGCGCAAGGCGUAAAGACGAUAUUUCGAGAAUGUAUCGAGACCGCACUUGAUGAAGAUCUUGGGCUGAGAGAAGCGGAAAGAAGCGUAGAACGAUUAUUCACAAAAACGAAAAAUAUUCCUGUUAAGCCAUUGAAGGACCUUCUUAGUGAGGGCACUCUGACAGCCAACAUCAUUAGUCCAGUAUUGCGCUCCUUCUUUCACGAUGCUUCAGUACAUCCGGCCAUUUGGCCCAACACUGCCAGUAUGAGUAGCAAAAUCCGUAAACUUGCCGAUCUAGAUCCCUCACGAGCAAAGCAACCAGAUAUGAUCGGAAAUGUUGUGAAUAACAACAAAUCCAAAUACGAAAUUAUGUUCGGAGAGGAAGGAAAAAAUAACAAUACAAAGAAAAAUAAUUUGGAUCUGAUAAGGUUAGGAAUUUUCAUGAAGGAUGCUCUCGAUCUUUUCGUCAAGAAGACAGGAAAAGAACACAUGACUUUUGCGUGGCAAACAGUUGUGACGUCAUGGACGGGCUACGUUAUGGUCCUGUCUGCAUCAGGGCUCUAUAUUAUGUUCGAUAUUGGCGAAACUCAACUUCCCAAGUCCUUUCAAACCUGCGGACAAUUCAUUAACGGCAUUGACAAUUUGUUCACAUUUACUGAAAAAUACGAGAAUGAAGUGCAAAGGCUUCGUGAUGAUAUUAACAAAAAGAAAGAAAAUGGUAAUGUUCCUGUAGAAAUCAUAAAUAGGUUGAGAGCUACGUUGAGAACACCGCAGUUUAAAGAAAUAGUUAAACGUAAAUAA